CUUAUGCAGUAAUGACAGUAGCUGUUCUUGUGUUUACUGUUUACGAUUUAAAUUUCUAUACAUCUAUUAUAGAUCUAGAUCUAGAAAUUUAACUCUGGGUGGUAUGUCUUUUCUAACAUCACACAGCAAUGCCUAAAAAGAAAAGAAAUUGCUCUUUGCAACGCCCAACACUGACUUUUGUUCCCAGCCCAGAUGAAAAACAACCUCCUGUUCUUACUCCAGAAUUUGCUGUGCAUAAUCCAAUAACUGCAAAGUCAGUUCAAGUGGAUGACCAGUCUUUAAAUACUUGGGUGUCCCCACAGUUUCGGUUCAAAUCUUGCUUGCAACAGACUAGAGCAAGGCUCCCUUCUCAAGGGGGCAGAACUACCCAAUCACUACAUAAAAGUAAAUCUUUUAAUGAAACAUUAGCAGCUCGGGAAAGAAAUAAAAGAUACAAACAAUUACAGUUUGUAAACUAUGUAGGCAAUGUUCAGCAGCCCACUUUGGAAAAAGACCCUUUACAUGGAGACCAAUCUCCCUUGCCAAAUAAUUUACAUUCAGUUAGUGUUGAACUGGUGACAGAAGACAUUCAGUUGAAUACCCCAGAAAUGUGUUUAAAAGACCACAAUGCCUUUGUAUCUAAAUCCAGAUACAGAAAGAAUGACUUACCAGUUCCUAGGAGACUGAGUUUGUUACUAGAGACUGAAGCUAGUUUCGGUUUGGUUAACAAAGACGCACGUUUAUCUACAAAAUGUUCAGAUACUUCUAUUCAGUUGGAAUCUUGUGAAACAGAAGAUAAUAUCCUAACCCCUUUGAAAACCAUUACAGUAUCAAACAUUCUGGCACCGGAUACACCAGAAACUGAUUAUGGAAUGCCAUUACGAAAAGUUCAACUGAAGUAUGGUCUCAGGGAUAAGGUGUGACUGUAUGUAAAUGAAACUAUUUCUUGUAGCCAAAAUUGAGAAUAGCCUGUGUUUUUUUUUUUCCUUUGAUAAGUUGUGCGUUUAAUGAUCUUUCUUUCCUUUUGUUAACACAUCAUAGGCAUAAGACAUACUAGGAGCCUCAAUAUUGUUCCAAGAGAUCUCAAAUACAUUUCAAAUGAAGCAGUGAAUUGAAAAAAUAUUUUAAAAUAUGGUAUUUUUAUUUAUGAGACAGAAAGCACUGUUUGAAUAUCUCACUGUAUGAGGGGUGAAUCUCUUAUACGUGAAAAGAUUGAGGGAAAAAAGAGCAACAGUCUCUUAUUGGUUGUAUUUAACAAUCACAACUUUUUAGAAAUGAAUACAUUACAUCACUCAGAACUUAAUCAAAACUCCUAUGUGUAUAAUAAUAUAUAUUUUUUUUUAAUAAAAAAGUUUACUGUUUUGAAGGAUGUACUGUUGGACUAUAUUGUUGAUGACCUAAACAGAUAUAUAAAUUGAUUUCAACCUCACCUUGGCUAGUGAGACUUCUCAUGAAUGUAAAUAGUCAAGUAAGUCAAGAGAAUGGCUGGCACAUUCUUUUUGUUACCAUCAGUAGAAUAUGCAAAUUCCUUUUACUUGUUCUAUCAAUAUUCUUGAAGUGUAGGUAUUGUUUUUGUUUGUUUUUUAUGAUUAUCCCUUUAAUAAUAGUAUAGUGUUUAAUGAUUGAGUGACUGUGUUUUGAGAUUUGUGAAUGUUAAAAAUUCAUAUUUGAAUUUGUAUAUGAUAAAGAGCUUUAAGGUAUAGAAUAAAAAAGAUGUCUGAAUAGCACAGUAUUGUUUUUAAUACUGUUAUGAUUUUAUUUUGGAGAGUACAUGGCACACGAGUUAGGAGGUGCCUCUAUUUGAUCACAGUCUAAUACAUUUUCCUUGAGUUUAAUGUUUACAAACUCAAUUCAAUAAGCAAACAAUCCAGUGAUAAACAAACAAUGAAAUAUAAAUCACUUGUGCAAUAGAAUACUAACUUGACUGAUGUAAAAUAUUAUUAUUAAAUAAAUCAUGGUGAGGAUACUGAUGAUCAGUCAGUCUUGUGCCUUGAGGCACUUCGCUCUCUCUCUCUUUUUUUUUGGCUUACACACAAGAGUGUGACAAAUACUAUUUAAUAAAAUUUGUGUCACAGUCCAGAUUAUAGCUUUUCACAAUUUUUCUUCUCCUGUUAAAGACACCUGACUACAUCUGACUACUGACAGAAAUGUUUUCUCUAUUUUACUUUAUUUGAAGUGUAACAUUUUAAAAUAUUUUUUUUAAUAUUCUUGUGUACUCAAAAGAUCUAGAUUUUGACAGAUGAAGUCAUUUUAAGAAGUUUCUGCUAAACUAUUGACAGUGAAAUUGUGCCAUGCAUACAGUUUUAUACUAGCAUCUAUUUAGUCCACGUCCAAAUCAUUCACAAAUAUGCAUUAGAAGCAAAAUUUAUUAAAACACUUAUUAAAGUUUUAUCUCAUUUUUAUCUAUGAACUAUAUAAUUAUCAAUUGCAUUAAAUAUCAGAUGAGAUUUUAAUUAAGGAGCAUUUUUAAUGAUGUCUGUGUUUUAUACACAUUUAUAACAUACCAGUAUUAGUUAGAGCCUAGCUAGUGGGCGCAAACCAAACCGCCCAACACAGCCCAUGCCAGACAGUCCAGUCUUUGGCAUUUGGGAGGCCCACAAAUCAGGAGAUCCUGUGGUCUCCUACUAACUGUUGCCUUGGGGUUGAAAUACAGCUUCUGGCUUCCACAAAACUUCUGCUGAAGAACUGACUGGAACUUCUCUUUCAGGUCAUAAUUUGCUUGAAGUUACGUGCUCUGGUGCUUAAUCAGCUUCUGCACUAAAUGGCGAGCUGAUGGUAUUGAAAACUGGUUCUUGAUGUCUUAAAAUUUGCUCAGAUUAAUUCCAUAAUUAAGGAAUUCAAAUAAGUCUGGUACUUUUAACCUUUUCACUAGAAAUAUUUUCACUUUUCAGAAAAGGAAAAUGUCAAAACCUGUUUUCACUUGCUUGCCUGGAGAAAUGGGAAAGAUUUGUUUGAAAAAAUUUAAGAUGCACUUCCAUUUCAUGUGCAAACAACUCAUUGCAGACUUGUCCUAUCAAAAACAUGAAAUCUGUCUUCCACUCUCCACUAGAAAUAUUGGUAACAAAGUCACAGUCAAUGUCCUUUAAGGAAUAAACAUUUCUUCCUUGCCCAUGCUAAGCCAGUGGAUACUUCAGAAUAUUUUGUUUCUAAAUCUUGAAGUCCUUUUCAGAACUGUCUGUGGUUAACUCUAAUUUAAUCACUGAGAUAUGAGGGUCUAUAAUAUGAUUAUAUUUUAUACAGCUUUGUGCUAACUUUCCUGUUUAGAGUUUAUGGUUGGGAUAUUCUUUAUUAAAAACUAACAAACUGUUCUUCUCAGUCAGAGAUGGAGCUCCAUCAGGUGUUACACUUGCCAUCUUUCAAGCAUACCCAUCGCUCAACACAGUUCUUCAUAACAUUGAAUAAUUACUUGCCUGAUAUUGUGUCUUAAGACUGAGUGUAUUGAUGUAUAGCCGAUAAGAAUAAUCUUCUUUUACUUGAAACUUUUUUUAUAAUGAGACAGUUUCAAGCAUUUAUAGAGAUAUUUAGAAUUUUUAAAAAUAUAUUUGCAUUUUUAUAUGUAUUGUAUAUACUGUGCACACACCUGAUUUCUGUAGGUGCCCAUGGGCCAUAUUUGGCCAGCAUUCUGUAAUUUGCCCACCGUUGGUCUAGAUCAGGGGUGGGCAACCUUUUUGUAUCGAGGGCCGCACAAAAAAUAAUACAUAUAUAACUUAGAAAAAUACUCUAGCUGUGUAGAAUGUCUUUCAAUUCAUAUUUACACUGUAUUAUAGUCAUGUUUCUUUUUUUUUCCACACUCCACAUUGAAAAAUUACAACAAGAGUUUGCAAUUUUCGAAACCAAUUUUACGAUUUUUUAAAAAUUGCCGUUGUCUUUUUAUAUCACAAUUUCCCCAAAUAUACAGUUGUACUUAAUGUGCAGUAUUUUACUUUUUACACUCGUGCAUAAUGUUCCGGAACUGUGGAACUAGCUUACUAAUUGUUACCCCUGUGUGUGACUGCUGUCAAAUUACAGUCAGUCAACAUUGACCAGUGAUUAUACUUGUUUAGUUUCCACGAAAAAAUUCUUGCUCUCUGAAUGAGACAAUAUAUGUUCCAGAAGUUAAAUGUUGGGACGAGCAAAACCUGCCCUUGUGGAGCAUCACCAGAGAUUGCCAACCAUGUCCUUCCAUGGUGCAUACUAAAUCAAGACUCUCCGAAAACUAUUCAGAGAACUGCCUGAUCUUGAAACCACUGCCGGUUCAUCUCAGAUAUAGAAUUACUGAUCUGAACCCUCCAACAUGUAGAAUGAGAACGACGAAGAAGAAGAACAGAUGUAUGUGUAAACAAAUAGUGUGAACAGCAGCAACAUUUUUUCAAGUGUGGAAAUACGGCUUCUGGCACUCAUAAAACUCCUGUGGAAGUAUUGACUGGAACUUCUCUUUGCUUGGAGUUAUGCCUUCUGGAGCUGAAUCAGCUUCUGCGCUAAAUGGUGAGCUGAUGGUAUUCAAAACUGGUUCUUGACGUCUAAAAUUUGCUUUUAUAUAUUGCACAAUUAAGGAAUCUUAAUAAGUGUUGUACUUUUAAUAAUUUCACUAGAAAUGGUUUCACCUUUCACCAAAGGAAAAUGACAAAAUCUAUUUUCUUUUGCAUGCUUUUAGACGUGGGAAAGCCUUGUUUGAAAAGAUUUAACAUACAUUUACAUUUCAUAAUCAAAAAACCAAUUGCAAUAGCAAUUAUAAAAAACAUGAACUCUGUCUUCCACUCUUCAUUAGAGAUAUUGGUAACAAGGUUACAGCCAAUGUCCUUCAAGUAACCUAACAAUUUCUUCCUUCAGAAUUUGUAUCUCAUUUGCCUUGCCCAUGCUAGGAUAUCGGAUACAUUGGAUUAUUUUGUUCAUAAAUCGGAACUACCCAUGGCUAACAUCACCAGCUCUAUUAAGUUUGAUUACUAUAUAAUUCUGACCAAUAUAAUUUUGAAAUUUUAUGCAGCUUUGUGCAAACUUUCCUGUUUAGAGUUUAUGGUUGGGAUAUUUUUAUAAAAAACAAAAAAAAAAACUAUUUUUCUCAGUCAAAGAUCAAACUCCAUCAGUUGUUACACUUGACAUCUUGUUCCAAGCCUACCCAACACUCAGAGAUUGUGUCUUGAAUUGAGUGUAUUGAUGUAUAGCCAAUAAGCAUAAUCUUCGUUUACUUAAAACUUUCUAUAAUGAGACAGUUUCAAUAAUUUAUAUAGAUAUUAAGUUUUAAUAUUAGCAUUUUUAUAUGCAUAUACUGUAGGCACACCUGAUUUCUGUAGGUGUUGGCGGGCUGCACAAAACACUUCGGCGAGCUGCAUGUGGCCCGCGGGCCGUAAUUUGCCCACCUCUGGUCUAGAUCUAUUACAAAUUUAAUUACAUGACUGAUCAAAACUAAUUGAUACAAUUACACUUCGUACAAGUUUUUUUUUUAUAAAGUAUUUUUUAAAAUG